GUUGUUUGGUGCGACUAUGUACAUCGGCUUCUUGCUGCACUGUCUGCCCCGUCUUCAAGCAGGACUUGCUCAUUGAAUUGGCGGCCUUUAACUUGGAUUGAAAUUGCGUCUUCUCCUGUGCGUCAACAGCUUGUUCUUUCGCUCUUUCAAGAACCUUCUCGAUUAGCUCGUAUCUUUGGCGAUGGUAGCAUUCCGACCCGGGCCGCCUUAAAAGUCACAAUCCGAGCUUCCACUUCGCACAUCCACCGCUGCCUUCGCUCGAUCCCAUGCAACUCCUGUCCGCCCCUGAUCCGGCCCCGAUUGAGUUUCGUAUCACACUUCGCUUUCUGUGCUCCUGUGCGUGACUAUUGUCGAGCUUACUCGCUGCUUUCCCGCGCUGAAGAGAAACGAGGAAAAAAGGGAGUCGACGGGAACAGCAAUUCUCUUUGAGGUCACAAGGCCCCCCACCUUUUAGGGACGGCAUCGAAACGCCCACCAAGAGCAACAGCAACCAAUCGAUAAUAGCAGACCUAAGAGCUAUACAUCGAGAACUCGGCGACGACAACGACGAAAACAAUACGGAAGACGUCGAGGAAGCACAAUGAGCUCUCUGGGGAGCUCGACUCCCGCACAGCCAGGACCUGUCGCUGAGCCACAGCAAGCGUCUUCGCUCGAGUCUUCUCAGGAGCUCGCCCAGCACGCCAUGUCUGGCAAUGAGGGCAAGACUAAGGAGAAGAAGAAGCUAUUCGGGUUGCUGAAAAAGAAGGACGGCAAGCAUACGACCACGAAGAGCGGCGAGGCGGCAGCGACUUCGCCAUCCUCCUCAGAUGCGGCACCCACCUCCUCUCCCCCACUCGCAGCAAACACACAGUCGCCCUCCACUAGCACGUCUGCAAAGCCUGUAUCACGUUCACUCUCGCCUGGCCCGCAGCAACCACAUAUGACCCCGCCAUCGAACCCGGUGCAGUUCCCCGCGUCACCGCAGUCACACGUGUCUGCGGUGAGCCCGUCGCGGUACGUGCGUUCGUCCUCGCCGCGACUGCAUUCACCAGCGUCAAGCCUCAUCUUCGAGCGCAACGUGCAGGAGGCGCCCUUGCCGGAAGACCUGCAGGCAGCCAUUCCGCACCACAUCCAGACGGAAGACUACAUUCCGCCGAUCCUUGAGGCGUCCUCGCACGCCAUCACCGACGACAAGCUCAACCCGGACGAGGUCGAGAUUGUCAUGCAUUCCGCACACCAGCCCGCCGCUUCCACCAUUGCGCAAUACCAGGAUCCGAGCGGCACGUUCUCGCUCCUCUCGCUGGGGCAUGCUUCCGAAGUCCCGACGCUGGGCCCGUCAGCUACAAUGGAGACGAGCACGGAGGAGCCGGUGAGCCAUUACGGUGCGCUUGAUGCGUCAGACGUACGGAGACUGAGCUUCAUUUCGUUUGCGGAUGUGGUCCAGGGCGAGCACGCGCUCGAGAGCGGCCUGUCCAGUAUGCCCAAGGAUCUGCACAUGUCUAUUGUGUCGUCGACGAGCAAUCGAUCUCCGUCUCCCGUCCGCUCGCCGGCCUCCUCUCACGGUCCUGGCGAGUCGGGAAUGUCUCCGCCUACGUCUGGUGCCCCCUCAGUAAAGGGUAUGGAAAUCCCCGGUAAGCAGCCUGCCGUGGGCGGCUUCCCAGGCAGUCCCAUGAGUCUAGGCGGCACGCAUUCGCCGCCUCUCGAGCGUGGAGAGCUCACGGUGGAAACAAUGCGGCAGGCGUUGCGGAAGACGGGCAGUGGCGACCUAAGUAUCGCCAGGAGUCCGGUGAGUCCCAUUGAGAGGAACUCGAUAGCGUUACCCCCGAGUGUCGUUGCUCCCACCAGCAGCGCCAAGUAGAUCUGCCUCAGAGGAAGAGAUUUAUGAUUUUCCUUUUACUACCGAUAAAGAGUGCAAAACUCCGUUGCUGCUUUGUCUUGUGAUCACAAGGUUAUCCUAUCAGGGAUGGCCUUGGGAAGGCUGGGGAGCCCAAGACUCAAGUCCUGCACGGCCAAAACAUUGGUUAUUGAUACAGCGGGGCCGCAUCUAAUGCAUAUAUUCUGCACAUGAUUGCCAAAGGAGGGAGGUGAGGGCUGUCGGGUUCACCGAACGAACGCGCAAAGCGCAGAGCGUUUCUUCGUUUUCUUCCUCUACUUUCUUGGUUCACUUCCUUACACUUCAUCCGCGUGGACACGAACUUGACGAACAACGUCGGACUACACUGAGGGGCGUGUGGAAGAGCGCCCCUCCUAUUUGGGCCCCAGGAGCUUUAAGACGCUCCUCUUUCGGCCUUUUUAUCCUUUCUCUAUGGAAUCAUUCUCUUUAUUGAUGUAAGAGAUUUGGAAUCUUGAUAUCUAGCGUGGAGGACAACGGGUAUUUGUACCUUCGCCUGCAAUGAGAAUCAAAGACAACCUGUUUCG